UAUAAAUAGGCCCAGCCCGGGCUGUGGCUCAGCUCUCUGAGGGAGUCAGCACCAGGCAGCAGCCUCCAGCCAAGCCCCCUGCUGCCAGCAUGGCCAGUGAGUUCAAGAAGAAGCUCUUCUGGAGGGCUGUGGCGGCCGAGUUCCUGGCCAUGAUCCUCUUCGUCUUCAUCAGCAUCGGUUCUGCCCUGGGCUUCAACUACCCGGUGAGCGGCAAUCAGACGGCGAAUGCGUCCCAAGACAUCGUGAAGGUGUCACUGGCCUUUGGGCUGAGCAUUGCCACGCUGGCCCAGAGCGUGGGCCACAUCAGUGGUGCCCACCUCAACCCAGCUGUCACAUUGGGCCUGCUGCUCAGCUGCCAGAUCAGCAUCCUCCGGGCUGUCAUGUACAUCAUCGUGCAGUGCGUUGGGGCAAUUGUCGGCACCGCCAUCCUCUUGGGCGUCACCUCCUCUUUGCCCAACAACUCUCUCGGCCGCAACGGGGUGACCUGGCUGGUGCCUGGUGUGAACUCGGGCCAGGGCCUGUGCAUCGAGAUCAUCGGCACCCUGCAGCUGGUGCUGUGUGUGCUGGCCAUCACUGACCGCAGACGCCGUGACCUUGGAGGCUGGGCCCCCCUGGCCAUUGGCUUUUCUGUGGCUCUGGGACACCUGCUGGCGAUUGACUAUACCGGCUGUAGCAUUAACCCUGCUCGGUCCUUCGGCUCCGCGGUGAUCACCCACAACUUCACUGACCACUGGAUCUUCUGGGUGGGACCGUUCACUGGGGGAGCCCUGGCUGUGCUGAUCUACGACUUCAUCCUGGCUCCGCGCAGCAGUCACCUCAUGGAUCGCUUGAAGGUGUGGACCAGCGGCCAGGUGGAAGAGUGUGACCUGGAUGCGGAUGACAUCAACUCCAGGGUGGAGAUGAAGCCCAAAUAGAGGGGGGCCUGGCCCAGGCAUCCACUGUGGGGGCAGGGGCAGGGGCGGGUUGGAAGGAGGGGAGGGGUGAACUCAUAUUAUAGACACUCUGACAAGCUGGCCAAAGCCACUUCCCAAAGAUCUGCCAGACCUUCAUGGUCAAGCAUAAUUUUGGGGUGUUUCUGUCACUUUCUCUUUCUCUGUUUUCUGGCCUCAGGGCUUCCUGGGGACCAAGAUUUACCAGUCAUCCACUCCUUUGAAGUAAUGGAGGAGGUGAAAGAGAGGGACCUGCCUGCUAAGUUGUCCCCUCAGGGUGUGAUGCGAGGUGUGCCAGAAAGUUCCCCCUCGUCCCUAAGUUGCUCACGAACUCACCUACCACAGGUGCCUGGGGUUCCACCAUUAUUGCUUUGUACCUUUGGGGCAUGGGCCCCCUUCUCCUAGCAUGCACCCUGCGGGUGCUUUGUUGGGGAGAGAUCCCAGGUGGUGAAGUGGUAGGGGCCAAG